AUGCCCGCUACUGUGGUCCACUCUCGACUAUCAUCCAGAAUUUCCGCCUUUGAGUCUCUUGCCGCAGCCUCAUCGUCCUCACCGUCGUUCUCCCCGUCCGCCAAACCCCCAUUUACCUCACCUCCCAGGCGUGGCCGUGAGACCCUCCUCGAGACGCCACUCUCGCCCACUACGGCAGCUGCACUACCUCCUGUCGUCGCUUUCACCCCACCACGACCUACAACGAAAUUAUCUCCUUCACCCUCUCCCCCCAAUCUUGGCCGAAAGACAUCGUUAAUUGACUUGAAGGACUGGGUAGUCGAUGAAGACUUAACCAACGGACACAUCCAGUCUACCCGUACACCUACACAAAAGCUUUUCAAUGGUAAAGACAACGGGAAAAGAUUUUCAGAGUUGAGCGACGCGAACCAUGGGCCCUUGAUAAGCCUCAAUUCUCCUCCCCGUCCGAAUCCAAGGCCCAAGCCACCUGCUCUCUCAUCUCCCAACAGGAAAGCUCCACCCCUUCCUCCUCGAAAGCCUUCGUACACAUCUCUCAAGUCAUUCGCAUCUUCAUCUUCGCUGCAAUCCAAUUCGCCGCCUUCAACUUUUCUCUAUCCUCCACGCCGGAAUGACUCCCUCACCGUUGAUCAUCCCCAUAUAUAUCCACCGACCAGCCUCGAUCAAGAUUCCCGCUCAAGAAGUAACGCAGGCCAUGCUCAAGCCUCCUCCAUAUCCUCCUUUCAUUCCGUGUCACUCUCCUCUGACACUGACCCCAGCACGCCUGGCUCCGUUGCCAACUUCAUUGCAACAUUCCCUGUAGAUCAAGAUCACAGGUCUUCUACGACAAAUAGUGCUCGUGAGACCGACUCUAUCAGCUUGACGGAAUCAUAUGAGGACAUCUCCGCAUCCUCCCUAGCAAGUCCUGCGACGGAAAAAAUGAUCAUCUUGGACUGGGAGAAAGCAAUGGCAAAGCAAAAGCCUGUCCCGCCCAAGCUCCCACAACGACCUUCCUCCACAACUUCAAACAAAUCGACUGUAGCAUCACCCUUACCACACCCGCCGCCACUCUCGUCUUCGAGUUCUCACUCUACUCCCAGCUCCCCGUCGGUUAGACCGUCAUCCUUGUCAUCCAAUCCCAUUACCACGUACGCAGUCCGACGGAACGCUCCGCCUCCGCCUCCCUCCCGCGCUUCUGAUCGUUCUUCUAUCCAGAGUGUUGUCACAUCUUACAGCACUGCAUCUAGCUCCCAGUCUCGCGGUACCUCGUCAGUCGUCAACUUGAAACUCAAACGACCUACUCCUGUUCCUCCCGGAGCGCGAAAAAGGUAUGAGAUGGUCUUCAAUGGUAAUGUUUUACAGAAACGGAUUGCCGACCGUCAAAAACGAGAAGAGAAGCCGUCACUGUUGAGUCCAACUGAGGCAAGAGGCAGACGGGCGGCAGGUUGGCGAGGCUUGUCUGUAGACCUGAUCACAAACGAUGAUCCACUUGCUCAGCAAUCUGGACAAGACCCAGACAAGAGAGAUGAUUGGGCAGAUGUCGCCAUUGGCAGCGAUGAAAAGCUGGAUGGUGUGAUCGUACAAAUGAUUUGGAGUCGGUCGGGCUUGGAUAGAACACGGUUGUCUGAAUUUUGGAAUGAAUGUGACCCCAAGGGUGAAGGAUUUUUGGAUCUUGAUUGCUUUGUGAAAGGCAUGUGGCGGAUCGAUGAAGAACUACGACGCACGCAAACACAGGCUUUGAAGUCAACAAGCAAUGUUAGUUUGAGCUCAUUGAAAUCCAGGCGAUCACAAGCCGGUCCGCGGACUCAAAAGCCCAAAGACAUUCUACGAUAG